GGUCACCAUGGCAACACUCUCAGCCAUCCUGCUGUCGGCGCUGGUGAUGGUGACGGCUGCCCAACAGAUUCAGACACUUCAAGAUCUAUCCAACACGCUGCUCCUCAACCAGCUGGCAAUGUCUAACAUGCUGGCUGAACGCGACUCCGGAACCAGAGUAAUAAGAGAGUGGCUGAACGACCUGCAAUCAAACAUUACUUCCGAAAUAUCGGCUUUGCAGAACGUUGUUAAAGCUAAUGGUGUUCCCCUAAAUGAUGGUCAGGGUUAUGGUGCUCCCCAAGAUGAUGGUGAGGGUUAUGGUGCUCCCCAAGAUGAUGGGGUCGUGGAGUGCAUGGCACCGUUUGUGGACGUAUAUGGUCACUGUAUCUUGGUGGAGACGGCACUGACGGGAACUUGGCAAACAAUGAGACGUCACUGUCAGCAGAAGGGCGGCGAGAUUGUCAAAGUUGACUGUGGCACCUUUAUGUAUUACCUCGUCAGGUACCUUCACAGUAACGGUCUGGCUAAGUUGUCUUACUGGGUCGGUGGGAGAGAUGAAGGCCACGAGGGAUCUUACUUUUGGACUGAUGGUACCCAGGUCAAGAUGGGAACCCCCUUUUGGGGUGACGGCAUUAAUGACAACAUUCAGGAGCCCGACGGAGGAACCAAUCAAAACUGCAUAGCAAUGUCCAAGGAAGAUCAUUAUUUUUUCUUCGAUGCUUCUUGCAGUGAAAGAAAUGCAGUUAUUUGUGAGAAACUGAAAUUGUUUUAGGAACAAUACCUGACUCCUCUCCUUGAAGUAUCGGCUGCUUUGUGUCCUUGGAGUAACACCUGCUCUCGGUCCUUGCAUUAACACUUGACCUGCGUCCCUCGAGGAGCACCUCCGAGGCCUGGCAGGUCAUCACUAGGACCAAGUGUCUAACCUGGAGCAUUUAUCUAAUACAAUAAGUAAUAAUAACGAUAUAAAGUGAUGAGCUCUUUGAUUCAUAUGAUAAAUUAAAAUAUAUAUGACUAAUGAGAAAAUAAUUUGAUGUUCCUACAACUUGAAAUGCACAUGAGCACUCCUCCAAGCUGUACUGCACAUGAGCAUUCCUCCAAGCUGUACUACACACGGGCAUUCUUCCUAACUAUACUGCACAUCAGCACUCCUCCAAGCUGUAUUUAACAUGCGCAUUCCUCCAAGCUGAACUGCACAUGAGCAUUCCUCCAAGCUGUACUGCUCAUGAGCAUUCCUCCAAGUUGUGCUGCACAUGAGCAUUCCUCCAAGCUGUGCUGCUCAUGAGCAUUCCUCCAAGCUGUGCUGCUCAUGAGCAUUCCUCCAAGCUGUACUGAUCAUGAGCAUUCCUCCAAGCUGUGCUGCUCAUGAGCAUUCCUCCAAGCUGUACUGAUCAUGAACAUUCCUCCAAGUUGUACAACACAUGAGCAUUCCUCCAAGCUGUACUGCUCAUGAGCAUUCCUCCAAGCUAUACUGCUCAUGAGCCUUCCUCCAAGCUGUACUGCUCAUGAAAAUUCAUCCAAGCUGUACUGAUCAUGAGCAUUCCUCCAAGUUGUACAACACAUGAGCAUUCCUCCAAGCUGUACCGCACAUGAACAUUCCUCUAAGUUGUACUGCACAUGAGCAUUCCUCCAAGCUGUACUGCUCAUGAGGUUUCCUCCAAGCUGUAUUGCACAUGAGCAUUCCUCCAAGUUGUUCUGCACAUGAGCAUUCCUCCAAGUUGUAGAGCUCAUGAGCACUCCUCCAGAUUUUAUAAUUAUUUAAUCCAAUUUUCCUUAACCUAACCUAUAACUAGGGGCUUUAUCCCCCCCCCCCCGUUUCUCGAAAGUUAGGGUAAAUUAUGGGUAAUUAAGGUGAGAAUAUAUUUUCACAUAUUAUACAAAUUUUCUCAAAUUUAACCCUAUUUUAUCCCUAAUUAACCCUAAUUUAUGUAAUAUUAUCUCUAUGUAUAUUACAUUAUAUCAAUUUAUGUCAUAUUAUCUUAAUUCAUGUUACAUUAUCUUAAUAUAUCAAUUUUAUGUCAUAUAAUCUAAAUUUAUC